CGCAAAAGAAUCAAUUCAAGCGCCCAAACUGCCCCUCGCUCGUUUCGUUUCGUUUCGUUUCGUUUUUGUAAGCGUCGGCGGAACCAAAAUUCUGGAGCCAGCAGGACAAGUCGGAUCAAUUAGGGACAAGGAUUAGUGGCGCCCCAACCGACGAGAGUGUUUCCUGGGUUUCAGACGUCGGCCGUUUUAGUUCGCUCGUCCUUUUGUUUUCUUCUCGGCCAUGCAGCCUUACAUGGUAAACAUCAAACUUUCGGCUCGGACCCUCACUGGGGCACUUAACCCUCAGAAUAGAGGGGCGGCAGACUGGGGCUGGCAAGGACUGAUUGCAUAUGGAUGCCAUUCCCUCAUUCUGGUGAUUGACUCCAAAACAGCUCAGACUUUACAGGUUUUGGAAAAGCACAAGGCUACUGUAGUCAAGGUUAAAUGGGCUAAGGAAAACUACCAUCACAAUAUUGGAUCACCUUACGCUUUACGUUUGGCUACUGCUGAUGCCAGUGGAAAGAUAAUUGUUUGGGAUGUAGCUACAGGAACUGCUCGCUGUGAAAUCCAAGAGCAUACAAAACCAAUUCAAGACAUGCAGUGGUUAUGGAAUCAGGAUGCAUCUCGAGAUUUGCUCCUUGCUGUUCAUCCUCCCAAUUAUAUUGUGUUAUGGAAUGCUGAUACUGGCACCAAAUUGUGGAAGAAAAGUUAUGCAGAAAACAUUCUUUCUUUUUCAUUUGAUCCUUUUGAUCCUUCAAAUUUAACAUUGCUUACAAGUGAAGGAAUAGUGUUUAUUUCAGACUUCUCUCCUUCUAAAGCUCCUAUCAGUUCAGGAAAAAAGGUCUAUAUUUCCAGCCCUCAUUCUAGUCCUGUUCAUAAUAAGUUGGUAUCUGCCACAGGAGCUAAAAAGGCUCUGGACAAAGUGAAAAUUCUCAUCACUAAUGAAAAACCAAGUGCUGAAUCAGUAACAUUGAAUGACUGCCUUCAGCUAUCCUACCUACCUUCCAAGCGAAAUUACAUGUUAUUACUGUACUCAAGAGAAAUCUUGGUUCUGGAUCUUGAAGUCAAUCAGACAGUAGGUGUAAUAGCAAUUGAAAGAACAGGAGUACCUUUUCUACAGGUAAUUCCUUGUUGUCAGCGUGAUGGAUUGAUCUGCCUGCAUGAAAAUGGCUGUAUAUCUCUGAGAGUUCGCAGAUCUACCAGUAAUUCAAGUGUUGUCUCAAAUGAAGAGUCAGCAGAUCCUGAGCCCAUUCAGGAACUUAUCUACGACUUACGAAGUCAGUGUGAUGCCAUUAGGGUUACUAAGACUGUUCGCCCGUUUAGUAUGGUGAGCUGUCCAGUUAAUGAAAAUUCUGUAGCUCUUAUAGUCAGCGAUGGAAGAGUAAUGAUAUGGGAGCUGAAAUCCACCAUUUCAGGCCAAGGUAUACGUACCAGCCAUUCGAACAUAUCACCCUUGUAUUCACCUAUCUCAUUCUGUGGAAUUCCUGUUGGAACCUUGCAGAAUAAGCUUCCAGAUCUGUCACUGGAUAAUAUGAUAAGUGCACUAUCUACCGAAGAGCAAGCAAAAAGUUAUUGUUUGCAAGAAGUACAUUUGAAGUUCAUUUUAACAGGACUACUUUCAGGACUUCCUUUGCCUCCAUUUGCUAUUCGCAUGUGUCCACCUCUUACCACCAAAAAUAUUAAGCAAUAUCAUCCCCUGCUUGCUGUUGGAACAAGCAAUGGGUCGGUCUUGGUGUAUAAUCUUACUAGUGGAUACCUAUACAAAGAAUUAAGCAUUCAUUCCUGUGAAGUCAAAGGUAUUGAAUGGACAGGCUUGAAUGGCUUCCUUUCAUUUGCUACAUCUACACCUAAUAAUUUGGGAUUAGUGAGAAACGAAUUGCAAAUGGUUGAUCUUCCCACAGGUAGGAGUCUUGCCUUUCGUGGGGAGCGAGGCAACGAUGAACCAGCAAUUGAAAUGAUAAAGGUGUCUCACUUGAAGCAGUAUUUGGCAGUUGUAUUCAAAGAUAAACCUUUGGAAUUAUGGGAUAUCAGGACAUGUACUCUUCUCAGAGAAAUGUCUAAAAACUUCCCUACAAUUACUGCUUUGGAAUGGUCCCCUUCUCAUAAUCUGAAGAGUUUAAGAAAGAAGCAGCUUGCAGCCCGUGAGGCAAUGGCGCGGCAAACAGUGGUAUCAGAUACAGAACAGAGCAGUCUGGAGUCUUCAAUGAUCAGCUUGUUGCAGGAAGCAGAGAGUAAAUCCGAAUUAAGUCAGAACAUUUCUGCUCGGGAGCACUUUGUUUUUACAGAUACUGAUGGACAAGUUUAUCACUUGACAGUGGAAGGGAACUCUGUCAAAGACAGUGCGAGAAUUCCUCCUGAUGGAAAUAUGGGCAGUAUUACAUGCAUUGCAUGGAAAGGUGAUACCUUAGUUCUGGGAGAUGUUGAUGGCAAUUUGAACUUCUGGGAUUUAAAAGCUAGGGUUUCCAGGGGCAUCCCCACCCACCGAGGCUGGGUGAGGAAGAUACGCUUUGCUCCUGGGAAAGGAAACCAAAAGCUGAUAGCAAUAUACAAUGAUGGGGCUGAAGUUUGGGAUACAAAGGAGAUCCAGAUGGUAAGCAGCUUAAGAAGUGGAAGAAAUGUCAAUUUCCGUGUAGUUGAUGUUGACUGGUGUACAUCAGAUAAAGUGAUCUUAGCUUCAGAUGAUGGUUGUAUCAGAGUGCUGGAAAUGACAAUGAAGCCUGCAUGCUUUAGAAUGGAUGAACAAGAAUUAUCAGAACCCAUAUGGUGUCCAUAUCUUCUUCCUCCAAGAGCAUCCUUAGCUUUAAAAGCUUUCUUACUUCACCAGCCUUGGGAUAAUAAGUAUUCUUUGGAUAUAUCAUACAUAAAUUAUCCAGAGAAUGAAAAUAUUAAAAAUAUGUUGCAAGAGCAGUUAUAUUCAUUGUCCAAUGAUGUCAAGAAACUUUUGCUUGAUCCAGAGUUCACUCUUUUGCAGCGAUGCUUAUUGGUUUCAAGGCUGUAUGGAGAUGAAUCUGAACUACACUUUUGGACUGUUGCCGCCCAUUAUUUGCAUACUUAUUCCUGUAACAAAUCAUUAAUCGUAAAGGCAGAAGAUGUACUUGUUUCUCAAGAAAACUGGAUCAGUCCGCUAGAUAUAUGUUACGAUGUUCUCUGUGAAAAUUCCUAUUUCCAGAAAUUCCAGCUUGAAAGAGUCAAUAUUCAAGAAGUUAAAAGAUCAAAUUAUGAUCACACAAGGAAAUGUACAGAUCAACUCUUACUUUUGGGCCAGACUGACAGAGCUGUGCAGUUGCUUUUGGAAACCAGUGCCGAGAACCCUUAUUAUUAUUGUGAUUCACUUAAGGCAUGCCUUGUCACCACAGUUACUUCCUCCGGCCCUUCCCAAAGUACUAUUAAAUUGGUAGCAACAAACAUGAUUGCAAAUGGAAAGCUGGCAGAGGGUGUCCAGUUACUGUGUUUAAUAGAUAAAGCUGCUGAUGCCUGUCGUUACUUACAAACCUAUGGUGAAUGGAAUCGAGCAGCGUGGCUUGCAAAGGUUCGCCUUAAUGCAGAAGAAUGUGCUGAUGUUUUGAAGCGUUGGGUGGAUCACCUUUGUUCCCCACAAAUCAAUCAAAAAUCCAAGGCAAUCCUUGUUCUACUUUCUUUGGGUUGUUUCAUGAGAGUGGCUGAGAUGUUACAUAGCAUGAGGCAUUUUGAUCGAGCUGCACUGUUUCUUGAGGCCUGUCUUAAGUAUGGUACUAUUGAAGUUAAUGAAGAUGCAAAGAAGUUAAUCCAUGCAAUAUUUGCCGAUUAUGCCAGAAGUCUGAAGUCUCUAGGAUUUAAGCAGGCUGCUAUUUUGUUUGCCACAAAAGCAGGAGUAUCGGGCAAAAAUCUGUUGAGUGAACUUGAACAACAGACGGAAGGGAUUAAAGAAUGAGAACUUUGUAGAAGACAACUAGAAGUUGUGAUAUCUCGUGGGAUAAGUCAUUGGUGCAAUAAUACUUCAGCAACAAAGAAGGUUUUUUUUUUAAAAAAACUAUCUUGUCACAAUAGAAAUAUAACUAAAGAAUAUCUUGUAUUUUGUUUUAACGUUGGUAGAGACACAUUUUGGUAUUAAGCAAUGCUAUAUUUGUCUUUGACUAACAACUGUGUUUGUAAAAGCUUUCAGCAACUGGAUAUUUAUCUUCAAGCAUGGUUUAAAAUUUGUGAACUAGGCUCAGUCCAACAUUUUUCUGCUCCUCAUGAUUUAAAAUUGCCUCCACGUGUCCCCUGAAGUUAUACAAAUGAUACUGAAAAAAACUUUAAUGGUACAAGUUCCACAUUUGUAUUCCAUCAUUCUUUGAAACCAUGGCGUCUCGUUUAACUUUAUUGGUUUACCAAAGUGAGUAAAUACACUGCUGAUCCAAACUACUAAUGGCAGUCAACAUACAGCUAUACUGAUGUUUCAUUGUGAAAUGUGCAUAUGCAAAAAAAUUCUCUUGCCCCAAAGUUAAACAAGUUGCAUAAAACUCGGAAGGUUUCUCAAACGAUCCUGAAGACUAAUCACAGGUUAAAAAUAUACAUAAAGUUAUUCAAAGUUGUACACAAUACUGUAAGGCCAUUUUGUAAUCCCCAAACCUAACUGACCCUGCUGUUUUAUUCCCAACUGAGAUAAACCUUAGACAAACUCUUGUAGAUUUUGUCCAUACACUUCAACUUGUGUUUAAUAGUAAAAGAAAUAUUGUAAACUAGGGAAUUAGGGAAACGUCAUGUAUGAAAUUUUAAGGAAUCGGUUGUGCUUUUCAAUAAAAAUGUAAAAAAUACCUAUCUAGUUCCUCAUCCUGUUUCUCUCAAUGGACGGCCCAAAUCCUGAGGAAUGUAGUACUCUCCAGUCCUAUUAUUUAGAAGCAUCCUGCUGCUGCUUCUGCUUCUGGAGUUAACUUGUCAGCAUCACAGAAAGUGAUUUCUGGUCAUUUAAUUUUCCAAGAAUUUGUUUUAUCUCCUUUAAAGCUAUCUAAAUAGUGGCUAUAAUAAAAUAAAACCAGAUUCCAUUUAGUUUUACUUUAAUAGCUGCUUAAUAAACCUUUAUUUUUUCGCUUUUUAAUACCAGACCUUUGUAUUAGUUCUUUCAUUUCAUUGUUUGUAUUUGAUUAGAUACUUCAGAGAUAAAUUCUAACUAUAAACUGUCCCUUUUUGGUUGUCAAAACCAUCUGCUGUGUUGGAUUAUUAUAAAAUAAAUUGAUAUGGUAUAAAUCUAGGUAUCAGAAUGUACUUGGUCUUUAAAGCAGAGAGAGAUUACUAUAGCUGUAUUCAUCCUAAUUAGCCAUUCCAUAAGGGCAUCAUUUGAAUCUGUGUUGGUAAGAAUGAACCAAUAUAAAACGGCUUUAAUACAUUCUGCUUCCAAGCCCUAUGAAAUACACUUACUUGUAUGAUCCUGUAUUAAUAAAGAGUACAUUAAAACAUGGCAGGCAUAUUUGAUCUUUAAACUUGUCUACAAUAUUUAGCAGAAUGUGCUUUUUGUUAGGCUAUUAUUGCAUUUCAUAUUUUUCAAAUUUCAAAUUUGCACUAGAAUAGAAGCUCUGCACCUUCACACCUGACAAUAGGAAGCUUGUUUAACUAGAAAAAUCAGUCCAUUAGUAGUGCUGUAUUGAAGCAGUAUUGUGAAACAAAGUUUUUACUUGGAUCACAACAAUCUCAGUUACGCUGCUUAAUGGUACAUUUGGAGCAGUGAAGAAGGGGUGAAAAGGAAAGGAAAAAGCCCAGUAAUCCUUAUAAGUUUUCAAGAGAAAUAAUUUUACACCUGGAUCUGUAAAUACUUCCUGUAAAUUAGGUAAUCAGUUCUGGGUGUGAUAUAAAUGCAUAAGACUGAGAAUUCAUUUUAACAUUUGAAAUCUCAUCACUCUCUGUAUAUCAUACAAAGCAUAUCACAGAUUAGUAGUGUAUGUUUUUAUACUUGCCAUUUAACUCUGAUUUAAAGAGCACUGGCGUUUAAGGUUGAGAACACUUUAAUCCUGAUCUGUACACUAUUUGAAUCACAGGGGACUUUUUACUGUUUCAUGUUUCUUCAUUAACAAGAUAGAUUGAAUGGGUUAGUUAGUGAUAGUGUGUAGUGAGCAUGAUUGAAUUAAAAUAGCUAUUAAUCACAUGAAACUAAAGGUAACUGGAUUUAUAUAAAGCAUGGCUGAAAAUAACUAUUCAGAGGUUAUUUGUGGUAUCUGGGUCCAUUUAUACAAUAUUUCCAAUGCAGUGAUUUAGGAAAAUUCAGCAUAAAAGCAUUCUUUUCAAUUUUACAAGCCUUAAUUCAUUAUUUUCCUAGCAACAUCAUGAGGGAAUAUUUAGUAGCCAGAGUGGGCAUUAUUUAAAAAGUUGAUCCAUAUAAUGUGAAAUGUCUAUGUGCAUAUAAUGCUGCCAUUACAGCAUUUUUAAUCAGAUAAUUAAAAUUUUAAAUUGUUGCACAUUUGUAUGUUGCCAAUCAUUGCUGCGAGAUGGGGAGCCAUAUAAAUUGUUCAGAUAAAUAAAUGUACUUGCAUACAGACAUAAUCCUGUAACUACUGCCUACUAGAAACAGGAGUCAAUGCAAUAGGGCAGGGGUGUCAAACUGCCGGCCCAUGGGCCGGAUGCAUCAUAGUGAAACCACACCCACCCCAUUGCCGGCAAUGGCAAAAAAGUCACGAUAUGUCAUGACACGUCACAUGGCGUUGCGAGCUUGACACCCCUGCAAUAGGGAAUUAACAGAUUUCACUUCAUUCGGAGAAAAGCAGAUGAGUUUAACUACUCUUCUAAAUCAGGCCAUUGCCAUCACUACCUACUGUGAAGCUUUGAGCUGCCUGGUCAUGCUAAAAAUCUGGAUAAUUGCAUGCACAUGCUAACGAGAUAAUUCAAAGGUAUUAACCACAUUUUCUUGACAACAGCUAGUAAAACUGUACAUAUUGUUAUUAUAUAAUGACAUUAGUGUUGCCUUGCCUGCCUUCUACGAGCUACAGUGAAUUGGUGUGGGAGCCCGAUUUUCAGUUCUGAAUAUUACAUCACAGCUGUUUCUAUGUGACUUGAUAAGAAGGUAAAUAUUAUAUGCAGACAAGCUCUGCAUAUAAUGUUAAUUAGGCUUUUAACAAUAACCAUAUAAUUAAAUAUUUGAAUGCCUUAGUUUCAAUGAAUGUUCAGAUAAAGCAUCCUUCAUGAAGCAACAUAGCUGCUGCUUUUCUAAGAUUUACUGUUUUGCAUUAUUUUGCUUUGCAGGCCCUCAUAGGCUUCUCCUGCAGAGCCUGUAGUGUCUUCCAAGCUGGACACUUUCAUUAAAUACUGCUGACACACCAAAGCAACCUACCAGAGGUCUUCCUGGGGUGCACCAAAGCUCUUCCAGGAUGGAUAGAAUCAGAAUGUGCUGAAUUCCACCACAUUCAUUGAUGCUGUCCAACUUUGAAGCAUUUUGGCCAGUUCCAAGGAACUGUUUACUUAGGGGGAAAAAACUUGUCAAUGAAAGUCUAAAUAGCCCUAAUAAUCAAGGUCUUGAAAUACACAAUAGACCUAGAUUUUAGAUAAAAAAGGUACACAUAAGUGUAAGUAACAUUCCUAGCUGUAUUUUGAAUAGUACUUGUUUUACUGUGAAGUGGAGCUAAUGAAAUUAGCUAAGUGUUAAUUACAGCAUUUUUAAUUAGAUAUUAUAAUUGUCAUUCUUAAAAUCUAUAUGAUGACAUUAGCACUUUUAAUUGGUACUGUGAUGGUUAAGAUAAGCCUUACUCGUAUUACAUGUAUCUCUUCAUAUGUUACUAAGUGCAGAAGUAAGCCCAACUGAACAUAAUGAAUAUAUUUGCAAUUAUAUGUAUGUAGGAAUGCAGCCUUAUUGCAUUAUUUAUAUAUUUUGUACAAGUUGGAAAUUGUUUCCAUCAAAAACUUGUUCCAAAAUGAAAAUAUUAUUAAAUGUUUUGUUAUGUUGCAAAAUAAAAAUUAAAAUCAA